CCCUCUCCCUCACCUAGAAAGAAAUCCCGCUCCCCAUCCGGCUACGCCCCGCCAGAAACAUACGCCCACCUCCCCGAGCUCCAAGAUGUCUUGGCCUCCAACCUAAUCUGCAUAUUCAUCGGGCUGAACCCUGGGAUCGCUACCGCGGUUCAUGGGCACGCUUAUGCGCACCCGUCGAAUUUAUUCUGGAAGCUGCUUCACAGCAGCGGGUGUACGACCCGGCGGUGCUCGCCGGUUGAAGAUAGGGAUCUACCGUCCCUUUUCAGCUUGGGGAACACGAAUAUCGUGGCUCGGCCGACGAGGAAUGGGUCGGAGCUGAGUAAAGCGGAGAUGGAUGCUAGUGUGCAGACGCUGGAGGCGAAGAUAGCGAGGUAUAGGCCAGAGGCGGUGUGUAUUGUGGGGAAGAGUAUUUGGGAGAGUAUAUGGAGGGUGAAACAUGGGAGAAAGAUGAGGAAGGAGGAGUUCAGGUAUGGGUGGCAGGAUGAGGGGGAGAAUAUGGGGGUAGGAGGUGAGGAGAAGUGGGAGGGGGCAAGGGUCUUUGUGGCGUGUAGUACGAGUGGGCUUGCUGCUACUUUGUUGCCGGUUGAGAAGGAGAGGAUAUGGAGGGAGUUGGGGGUUUGGGUUGAGGAGAGGAGAGGUGAAAGGGCU